AGUGCCACGGGCCGGGAUCCCGAGGAGCACCGGGAGCCACCGGAGCCGCCGGGCCCGGCCCGGCCCGUCCCGUGUGGAAACGGGGUAACCUGAAAUAGGGAGCGGGGACCACAGCCCCUGUCCGCCGGUCACCGGCCCGGGCCUGGCGGGAGGGCUCGCGGGGCAGAAACGGCACUAGAACGAGCAGUGCCCUGAAGGUUCACGUGUUGUGGGUUUCUGCUUGUGAAGGAGGGAUUCGUAUUUCACAAUUCCAUUGAAAGAGUUACUAAUUAAUUAAGCUAUGUUAAUGAAGUUAUUAAUUCAGUGAUGCCUCGCUUUAAAAACACAAUUGUAACAGUGAGGAACAAACUACUUCUCUACCAAUGUAGAGUUGCGGCUUUCACGAUGCGGUCUGCUGUGUGGCUCUUCCAGGGGAGCGGAGGAUGCGGUGGCGAUGAUGCUGCAGGAGCUGGUGGCCCGGGCAGCCGGCCUGCACUCGGCCAGAGCAGCAGUCUGCUUUGACGAGUGCUCUGGGAAACCUCCAGCCUUCUACACCUACGGCACAGUGCUUGAGCUUGCCCUGGAGCUGACAGCUUUCCUUCAGAAGCACUGUGACCACCAAGGCACAUGGGGAAUAGGCCUUUACUGCUAUCCAGGAAUAAACCUGCCGUCUUGGAUCUUAGGAAUACUUCAAGUUCCAGCAGCCUAUUCACCUAUUGAUCCGGAUGCACCACCAACCAUAUCCACGUACUUCAUGAAGAAAAGCAAUCUUCAAUAUAUUCUUGUUGAGAAUGACAAAGUAAAUAAAUUCCAGAUGUCCCAUGCUGGUUGUUUUUCCCACAAUUCCUCCGCCAUAGAACAUAUUGGUUUAACUCUUUUCCAAAUGAACUCAAGCAACAUCGAUUUCAGUUCAGAAGUAGACAAUAUGAAAAGUAAAUGUGAACCUUCCAAAGGUGUGGUUAACUCACAACCAGGAUAUACCGUUUGUCCAGAUCAAACCGAAAUAAAAUCAUCAGAAGCAGGAUACAUGGACGCUGGCCAGAAAGGCACUUUAGCAUAUGUCUUGCAUACAUCAGGAACUACAGGAAUCCCCAAAAUAGUCAGAGUGCCUCAUAAAUGUAUAGUGCCUAAUAUUCAGCAUCUUAAAUCCAUAUUUGAGAUCACACAGGAUGAUGUGCUAUUCCUGGCUUCUCCUCUCACAUUUGACCCAUCUGUGGUUGAAUUGUUCAUAGCUCUGACAAGUGGAGCCUCUAUUCUUGUUGUACCAAACACCAUUAAAAUGAUGCCUGUGGAGCUCUCUGCUGCUCUGUUUCACCGCCACCAUGUGACAGUGUUGCAGGCAACGCCAACACUUUUCAGGCAGUUUGGAGCUCACAUCAUUAAAUCAAGAGUGUUGUCUGCAAAUACUUCACUUCGUGUCUUAGCCCUUGGUGGUGAAGCAUUUCCUGUACUGAGUCUCCUGAAAAGUUGGAAGCACAAGGAGAACAAAACAAGUAUUUUUAAUCUCUAUGGUAUUACUGAAGUGUCAAGCUGGGCCACUUGCUACAAGAUUCCUGAGGAGGUUUUUAGUGCUGAUUUUAGAACAGAUUUUCCUAUACCAUUGGGAUCACCACUCCUUGGAACAAAACUUGAGGUCAGAGAUGCCAAUGGAUCUGCAGUUCUUGAAGGUGGUGAAGAACGAAUCUGCUUUCUUGAUGAUGAAAUAACUGUGCCACUGGGUACAAUGAGAGAAACAGGGGAUUUUGUAAGAGUGAAGAAUGCAAAGCUGUUCUUCUUGGGUCGGAAAGACAGUCAGAUUAAGCGUCACGGCAAACGUUUUAGUAUUGAAUAUGUGCAGCAGGUUGCUGAAGAUCUUUGCCAGGUAGAAGCUUGUGCAGUCACCUGGUAUCAACAGGAGAAACUUAUCCUGUUCGUUUUACCCAAAGAUGAUUUUGAAGAGAGAGAAACACUUAAGGAACUCCAGAAGCAUCUACCAGCUUAUGCAGUCCCUGAUGAGAUUGUAGUAAUUAAAGCUUUGCCUUUAACAUCACAUGGCAAAGUUGAUAUAUCUGAACUGAACAAGAUUUACCAGAACCAUCUGAACUCCAGAAGGCGUGACAGUAAGCUGAGUGACGCAGAGGAAUUGUGGGAAAGAUUGCUGUAUUUAUGGAAGGUGGACUUACAAGUUUUACCUGAAAGUGGAAUUAGCUGUGGUGUAGGACUUGAAGAAGUAAAUGUAGAGUAUUUAUUUGUCUGUGCUGGUCCUUUUCACAUUGAUGUUUAUGAAGUGAUAAGCCAAGGGAUUGGAUGUGUCCUGGACCCUUUAUGGACAACAGAAGUUGGCCUCCAAAACCAAAGGUCUGUCCUCGGUCUUCCGUGUGAUUACACUGGAAUUUCUAAAAAUGCAGUAUUUCUAUACAGUGGUGGAGACUCCCUAAAGGCACUACGAUUUUAUGAAGAAAUUGAGAUGUUAGUAGGCAAAGCUCUGCCUGGACUCCUUGAAGUUAUUCUCAGCCACUCAAUUGAAGAGGUUUACAGACAUAUUCUUAAAGUGCUGUUUCCAGAUGAAGAGCAAUUAAUGAAUCCUGACAAUGCUGUGAAAAGAAAAUUGAGAGGGAACAGUGGAGAGGAAUUCCUUGGAAAAUAUAUUAAACUGACAUCUGAAAGAGAUCUUGAGAUUGCUUCAGGAUUAAUUCCAUUUAUUGCACUGAACAGAGGAAACCAUUUUUUUUCUAUGAAUUUCACGAAAUCUUCUAUGCAGUCUGAAAAUGCAGUACAGAUAGGAGUGGAACCACUACAGCAACCAUCCUUUCUGCCUUCCAAGACUUCAGAUGUAAUGAAAAGCCAUGAGCAAGGGUCUGAACUGGAGAACAGAAUUUUAACACUUGAAAACAAGGCAAAUAAAAAUGACCAUUCCUCUGUUCAGCAAAUCCAUGCAGAAUGUAAUAAUUCAUCAGUGGCAGAGGUGGCAUUGUGCGUGAGGUGGAAGUCAAACACAAGAAAAUGUGUUGAUGCAUCACCACUGGUUAUAAUACCAGCUAAAGAAGAAGUAUCUGUGUAUGUUGGCUCUCACUCCCAUGCAAUGCAGGCAAUUGAUCUGGAAUUGGGAGAAAUAAAAUGGGAGAAGACCCUUGGAGAUCGAAUUGAAUCUUCUGCCUGUGUAUCCAAGUGUGGAAAUUUCAUUGUUGUUGGUUGUUAUGAUGGCUUAGUGUAUGUGCUUCAAAGCAGAGAUGGAGAAAUACACUGGACUUUUGCCACAGAAGACACUGUGAAAAGCUCUGCAGUUGUAGACCCUUCCAGUGGCCUGGUCUACAUUGGAUCACAUGACCAACAUGUGUAUGCUUUGGAUAUUUAUAAAAAGGUGUGUAUAUGGAAGUUAAAUUGUGAAGCUGGAGCUGUGUUUUCAUCUCCUUGUCUAAGUUCUUUUCCACAUCAUCUCUAUGUUGCUACACUAGGAGGACUAUUUUUGGCUAUUAACCCAGUAAUGGGGAGUAAGAUUUGGAAAAGCAACCUUGGAAAACCACUCUUCUCCUCUCCUCACUGCAAUGAGAACUACGUCUGUGUUGGAUGUGUUGAUGGAAACUUAUAUUGUUACACACAUUCUGGAGAAAAGGUUUGGCAAUUUUCCACUAAUGGGCCAGUGUUUUCAUCUCCAUGCCUCUCAAGUUUAACUGAGCAAGAAAUAUUUUUUGGCUCUCACGACUGCUUUAUCUACUGCUGUAACAUGGAGGGUAAUUUACUGUGGAAAUUUGAAGCCACUUCAAGUGUAUAUGGAACACCAUUCGUUUUCCAAAGUGAUGACUUAAAUAACAAAAUUCUCUUGGCAGCAGUAUCUACAGAUGGCAAAGUGUGGAUCCUGAAUGCCAAGAGUGGAACAGCAGAAGGAGUAGAUAAGCUUCCAGGCGAGGUUUUCUCUUCGCCCGUAGUAUGGGGAACAAAGCUUGUUGUUGGCUGUAGAAAUGAUUAUGUUUAUUGUCUAGAUCUGUAUAUAGCAGGAAAAAAUAACAGUUAAGAUGUUAGGCUGCUUCAUUUUUAUUGUUUAUGUUUGUAAACUAGGAGCUCAUAGGUGCUCUCUACCCCUCUGCCUGUUUUGCUGCAGGCAAGAGAUGCUCCUUGCAGGCUUAUGAGGUAAGAUUUUGCAUCAGGCAGUGUCCAGUGGUGGGGGGAGGAUGGCUGCUCAGUACCUUGCCAGAGAGGGGACAAAGUGUGUAAGGUGCCAUAUUCCACAGCUUGGAUAGCAGGCUGGUCUCCAAGGGAGGAGUGUAUUGCUUUCUCUUAAAUCCAUCCUUGCCUGUGCCUGGCUCUUCCUUGCACCAGACUAGUGUUGGUCUGUCAAGAUUUCUGUGCCAGGCAAGCUAACCCAAGUCCUUUUUUGAAUCUAACUUUUAACUUGGUUUCUGGAGACGUAGCCUGCAUUUCAUAUACCUGGACUUUUACUACAGUUUGUACAAACAGAAUAAGUUCAUCUUUUGUUGACCUAGGCCCAUCAUGGCUUAAUUAAUCUAGCAUAAACUUAGACUCAAUUGAAGUCAGUAGGCAUUGACUCUUGUAUUCUAAAGUGGAAAUAACACUAUAAAUAUUUAUUAAAUUUCACUGACAGGAAUAGUAUGAGUUCCAAGCUGAAGUGUGCACUGCUCAAAUCAACCACUGUCAAAUAAUUUUUUAAGAGAUUUUAAUGAAUGCUGUUUACAUUGUCUUCAUAAGGACUAUUAAUAAAAGGUUGUGUAAAUUGG